AUGGCUUUAGUGUUAUUAGCGUUGUUGUUAUUAUGUUUAAUUUCACAAUCACAGAGAUGCUAUGGUUCAAGUUCAUUCGGUUUUGACAUCCACCAUCGCUAUUCCGAACCGGUCAAGGGUAUUUUCGGUAUUGACAAACUACCCGACGUGGGAACUCGUGAAUAUUACGUUGCUAUGGCCCACAGAGACCGCGUGUUUCACGCUCGCCGCCUCGCUGACGGCGACGAUAUUGUUCAGAAACUUCUUGCGUUUUCUCCUGAUAACUCCACCUACCGGAUUCCCUUGUUUGGAUAUUUGCAUUUUGCGAAUGUUUCUGUUGGAACACCAGCUUCAUGGUUUCUUGUUGCAUUGGAUACUGGUAGUGACUUGUUCUGGCUCCCUUGCAAUUGUACCAAAUGUGUCCAUGGUGGUAUACAGACAUCAUCACGACAGAAAAUUGAGUUUAAUAUCUAUGAUAAUAAGAGAUCAUCCACUAGUAAAAAUGUUGCCUGCAACAGCAGCUUAUGUGGGCAGCCGGCACUUUGUUCUUCUUCAUCUGGUGGCACUUGUCCAUACCAAGUUCAAUAUCUAUCUGAAAAUACUUCAACUUCUGGUUUCUUGGUGGAAGACGUGUUGCAUCUAAUUACAGAUCAUGGUGGUCAAACUAAACAGGCUAACCCGACUGUUCCGUUUGGUUGUGGGCAAGUUCAAACCGGUGCUUUUCUGACUGGGGCAGCUCCAAAUGGCUUGUUUGGAUUAGGAAUGAGUGAUGUAUCUGUUCCAAGUGUCUUAGCCAAACAAGGGCUAACUUCAAAUUCAUUUUCAAUGUGUUUUGGUGAUGAUGGCAAUGGAAGAAUCACUUUCGGUGAUAAUAAUAAUAAUAGCCUGGACCAAGGAAAAACACCAUUCAACAUUAGGCCAUUGCAUUCAACUUACAACAUCACUGUCACCCAAAUUAUUGUGGGAGGAAAUGUUGCUGAUCUCGAGUUAAAUGCAAUAUUUGACACUGGAACCUCGUUUACAUACCUAAACAACCCGGCUUAUAAGCAAAUUACUGAAACUUUUGAUUCAAACAUUAAACUCCAAAGACAUUCAGCUGAUGAUCUUCCCUUUGAGUACUGCUAUGAGCUCAGCCCAAACCAGAUGACGGUUCAAGUUCCCACUGUUAACCUAACGAUGAAAGGCGGAGACAAUUAUUAUGUCAUGGACCCAAUAGUAAUGGAUGGUAGCAGCAAUGUUCUUUGUUUGGCUGUCUUGAAAAGCAACAAUCUGAAUAUCAUAGGACAAAACUUCAUGACCGGUUACCGUAUAGUCUUCGAUCGCGAGAACAUGACUCUGCGUUGGAGAGAAUCUAACUGUUAUGAUGAACUCUCGAGUUUACCUGUUAACCGAUCGUACGCUCCUGCUGUUUCUCCUGCUAUGGCUGUGAAUCCUGCAAAAACAUCUAACCAGUCUAAUGAUCCUGAAAGAACACCAUCUAGUCAUUCAUUAAAGAUAAAACCUGCUUUUGCAUUUACAGUGGCAAUUUUUCUGCUUUUGGCCAUUUUUUGA